AAUCACUCUCCAAUUAUUAUUAUUAACUUUUCUCUCCACAAGCUUCACUAACACAAACCCUAACUUCCUCCCCCUUUUGUUGCCGCCCCCCACCACCAUCUACCCUCAAACGGCCAUUACCAACACUGUCAAUAUCUUACUCUUAUCGUCUAGUUUCUUUCUAUUUGUUCAGUUUUUCAAUUUUUUUUUUUAAGUUGACGUUGUAUCUCUGUCGCAAGAAACACAAUUUUCGGUCAUCUUUCGGUUCAUCCAUGGAGUUUAUGACCGGAUAUGUAAUCUUUUAUCAUGUUGAUGCGAGAUUCAGGAGGAGUGAUGAAUGAGUUGAAGUAGUUGAGUGACUUAUAUAGGGAAUGUAGUUCAAGAAGAAAGAACAACUAUCUCAUUGAAAUUUUUCAUAUUUUUCUCCUCAAAGGCUCCAUUGUCAGGGUAUGCUCCUUCCUUCCUUUGCAGGUAAACAUCUUUUAGUCCAAUCCUAAAAGAAAUUUUUUGGCACACAUCUGAAUUCUUUUUUUUUUUAGUUAAGUUCAUAAAUUACUAAGAAUAAACUAUAAAUUUAUUUACCUAUUAGAGAAUAUCAGGGAGUUAUAAAUGUAGAAGCAAAGCGGAUGUAAAAAUAAAAGCAAAGCGGAUGUAAAAAUAUUCAACAAAUUAUUAAAACAUCCCGGUAAAAAUGCCACAUCAACUUACUUUUAAGACUCAUCACCAAAAUUAACUCAUAUUUCAUGUUUUGGACUAAAUGACAAAUGAAGUUAAACUUUUUUUAUCAUGUGUAUGAAAAUUUCAGGUGGACUUUCCUGGAGAAAAACAAAAAGGAAAAAAAAAAAAAAACUCACAUUGUGAGUGGUUUAUCACUGUGAUAGCUGAGAGAGGGUUUUGGGGACUCUGCUCUGAAUCAAACAUGGCCAUGUCCAUCAUCAACAUCAUCACCACAAAACGCAUCUUCAAUAUACCCCUUCUUCAUUCCACCUUCUCUCUACUCUCCUCCUCCUUCUCCACCACCACCACCACCACCCCAACAUCCUCAUCCCCAUCAAAAACCCCUCUAGAAAAACAAUUCGAAUCAUGGAUCAACCACCUCAAACCUGGUUUCACCCCUGCCGAUGUUAAUAAUGCUUUAGCCUCCCAAUCCGAUCCCGAUCUCGCUCUUGACAUUUUCCGUUGGACAUCCCAACAACGUUCCUACAAACACACUUCCUUAACCUACUUAACCAUCAUCAACCACCUCAUCACUUCUCGCCAUUACCAACAAGCCGAAACCCUAGUAGAAGAAGUAAUUGCGGGCGCGUGUGAUCCCACGCUCCCUCUUUAUAACACCAUCAUCCGUUUUUGUUGUAGCCGCAAGUUCCUCUUUAACCGUGCAUUUGAUGUUUAUAACAAAAUGUUAAACUCACAAGAUUGUAAACCUAAUCUUGAAACGUAUACUUUAUUGUUCAACUCACUUUUACGCAGGUUUAAUAAAUUGAAUGUUUGUUAUGUUUAUUUACAUUCGGUUCGGUCCUUGACUAAGCAAAUGAAGGCUAAUGGUGUGAUACCUGAUAUUUUUGUUUUGAAUAUGAUUAUUAAAGCUUAUUCUAAGUGUUUAGAGCUUGAUGAGGCGAUUAGGGUUUUUCGGGAAAUGGGGUUGUAUGCUUGUGAGCCUAAUGGUUAUAGUUAUAGUUAUAUUGCUAAGGGUUUGUGUGAGAAAGGGAGGGUGGAACAAGGUUUUGGGUUUUAUAAGGAAAUGAGGGUUAAGUGUUUGGUUCCUAGUACUAGUGCUUAUGUGAUUAUUGUUUGUAGUCUUGCGUUGGAACGGAGGUUUGAGGAUGCUAUUGAGGUUAUGUUUGAUAUGUUGAGUAAUUCUAGGUCACCGGAUCAUCUUACUUAUAAGACUGUUUUGGAAGGACUGUGUCGUGAAGGAAGGGUUGAUGAUGCUUUUGAAUUGCUUGAUGAAUGUAAGAAGAGGGAUUUUUAUAUGAAUGAGAAGAUGUACAAGACUUUGUUCAAUGAUUUGCAGUUUGUGUGCACGGACUAGAAGAUUUUGUACUAAUUAUCGUAUCGUAUUCUUGUUUCGACAAUGUGCUUGCUGUGUUCCUUUUUGUCUGAGUUGGAUUUGAACCAUCAAUUUUUUGGUACUGGUAGAGUCUGAUUUGGAGACUUCGGAUGGAUUCUGUGAAACAUUUGAUCAGAAACAUGUUGUUGCUUGGAGAGUUUUUCGCAGCUUUGAAGUAAUUUCCAUUGAACAGAUUAAUAUGGAAGGAGAGGGCAGUAGCAGCAGGGCAAUUGAAUAUAUGUUGACUCUAAUGCUGAUGUUGCUGAUAUGAUGACACAAGCUCCUUUUUUGGCUGAAAAUUGAAAGGGGCUACUAACACAAGCAUGAUUAUUCCACAGUUGGAGCAAAAACUGGUGUGUAAUUUCCACUUGCUGAUGUUGCUUGUUGAUAGUUUGCUGGAUGAGCAUCUUAUGAUAUCAUAUAACUGUCAAAGCUACUCAAUAGUCGUUUGAUUUUUAUUUUUCCCUGCCCCUAGUUCAUUUGUUUGCUCUGUGAAUUCAACUGUAAUAAAGCUUAGCCGAAAGCUUUGUAGUUAGUAGUAUUUGUCUUUUUGGAAGUCUCAUUGCAGAAUUUUAUGUUUAACCAUCCUCCAUGGUUUUGAAUAUCUCAACUUGUCUUUACCGUAAGGGAGGAAUUUCAUUGUGUAAUAAUUGACUCAACUUGUCUUUUGAUUUUUUAUUUUUGCUUUUGAUGUAGAUCAAAGUUUGGUUCUACCGUUGUCAA